AUGCCGAAUACCCCGGAUUGGGUCAAGGCCCUGCAGCCGUCCGGCCCUCAGGGCACCGAGCUCCUCGCUCAGGAGAGAGCCAAGUCCAACCUCGACGUCGAUCAGCUCGCGACCUUCAUGUUCACAAAGGAGGCUCUCCAGCGCAGCGAGACGAUACUGAACAUCCUCAAGAAGGACCCCGUCUUCGACAAGACGCAGAACUACUUCCGCGGCCGGGAAGCCCGGAUCGAGGCGGCACUGGCGAGGGGCAAGAGGCUCUUCCAGCUGACCAAGGAGCACAACUGGUCCGACGAGGACUACCAGGUCGCCAAUGACCUCAUCGCCGAGCCGACGCCCUAUGGGCUCCACGCGAGUAUGUUCCUCGUCACGUUGCGCGAGCAAGGCACCCCGGAGCAGCACAAGCUCUUCCUCGAGCCUGCGGAGAACUACGAGAUCCUUGGAUGCUAUGCCCAGACCGAACUCGGCCACGGCUCCAACGUGCGUGGCCUGGAGACGACGGCGACGUGGGACCCGUCCGACAAGACGUUUGUCCUGCACUCUCCGCAUCUGACCGCCUCCAAGUGGUGGAUCGGUUCCUUGGGCAAGACGGCCACCCACGCCGUCGUCAUGGCCCAGCUGAUCCUCAACGGCAAGCAGAUCGGCCCUCACCCCUUCGUCGUGCCCAUCCGCGACAAGAAGACCCACGAGCCUCUCCCGAACGUGCACGUCGGCGACAUCGGACCCAAGUUCGGCUACAACACCAUGGACAACGGCUUCCUGCUCCUGAACAACGUCAAGAUCCCGCACAACCACAUGCUCGCCCGCUUCUCGUCCAUCGACCCGAACACGAGCAGGUACAGCAGGCCGGCCAACCCCUCGCUGAUCUACGGCACCCUGACUUGGGUGCGAUCCAACAUCGUUCUCCAGUCCGGCUCCGUCCUCGCCAAGGGCGUCACCAUCGCCACCCGCUACUGCGCCGUCCGCCGCCAGUUCCAGGACCGUGACGCGCCGGCCAACGAGCCGGGCGAGAACCAGGUGCUCAACUACACCAUGGUGCAGAUCCGCCUGCUGCCCCUGCUGGCCGCGACCUUCGCCCUGCACUUCACCGGCCGCGGCAUGAUCAACCUGUACAACGAGAACAAGAAGCGGACGAGCGCCAACAACGUCGGCAAGCCCAGCGACGGGAACCGCAACCCCGGCCCCGAGGAGCUGAACCCCGGCACCGACCUCCUCGCCGACCUGCACGCCACCUCGUGCGCCCUCAAGGCCUACGGCUCGACCGUCGCCGGCGAGGGGCUUGAGGUCUGCCGGCGCGCCUGCGGCGGCCACGGCUACUCCUCCUUCAGCGGCAUCGGCUCGUGGUACGCCGACUACCUGCCGACCCUGACGUGGGAGGGCGACAACUACAUGCUCACGCAGCAGGUGUCCCGCUACCUUCUCAAGUCGGCGCGCUCCGUCCUCAAGGGGAACCACGGCAACAACGACACGACGCGCAUCCUGUCCGAGUUCCUCCGUCGCCGCGACAUCGGCGCCGCCUUCGACGUCCUCGGCUCCGACGAGGACCUCGUCGCCGCCUUCGCCUGGCGCGUGUCCUUUCUGACCUUCGAGGCCCUCCGCCACCGCGACGAGGACAAGCAGUCGUGGAACAGCCUGCUCGUCGACUUCUGGCGCCUCAGCACCGCCCACGCCCAGUACAUGGUCGUCAAGAACUUCCACCAGGCCCUCAACGACCGCGCCACGACCGACCAGCUCGACGCCGCCACCGUCGCCCUGCUGCACAAGCUCUUCCGCCUGUACGCCCUCCACACGCUCGAGCAGGAGGCCAGCGAGUUCUACAGCUCCGCCGCCGUCACCGUCCGUCAGAUCACGCUCGCCCGGACCAAGGCCGUCAUGACCCUGCUGGACGAGAUCCGCCCCCACGCCGUGCGCCUUGUCGACGCGUGGAAGUUCGACGACUGGGUCCUGGACAGCAGUCUGGGCCGCCACGACGGCAAGGUCUACGAGGACAUGUUCAAGCGCGCGAGCGAGGACAACCCGCUCAACAGCGUCGUCUUCGACCCGUACCCCAACAGCAAGGUGCUGUUCAAGAAGGACGAGAGGAAGGACCUGAGAAGCAAGUUGUAA